AUGGCAUCACCUUCAAGUGAUGUGGCUAAAACUAUAGUAUUGAUCGGAAAAAUAGGUAAUGGGAAAAGCGCAACAGGGAAUAGUGUUCUUCGAAGAAAGGCAUUCAAGUCAACGUCCAGCUCUACUCGUGUUACCAACACUUGCGAGAUGCAUACAACAACUUUACUGGAAAAUGGGCAGAAUCUUGUUGUGGUUGAUACCCCAGGAUUGUUUGAUUGUUCGGCUGAACCUCAAUUUAUUGGAAAGGAAAUUGCUAAAUGCAUCAAUUUGACAAAGGAUGGUAUCCAUGCUAUUCUUCUCGUGGCAUCAAUUAAAACUCGCAUUUCUAAAGAAGAAGAAGAAGCUGGUGUGUUGAUGUUGCGGUCAUUUUUUGGCCCCAAAAUUAUUAACUACAUGAUUGUAGUUUUCACUGGUGGUGAUGAUCUUGAAGAUGAUGAGACUCUUGAUGAUUAUUUUGGUCGCAAUUGCCCCCAACAUUAUAAGGUUGAUUUGAAGCUAAAGGAGAGCUCUGAUAAGCUCGCACAACAAAUAGAUUUGAAGCUAAAGGAGAGCUCUGAUAAGCUCGCACAACAAAUAGAUUUGAAGCUAGAGGAGAGCUCUGAUAAGCUCGCACAACAAAUAGAAUUGAAGCUAAUGGAGAGCUCUGAUAAGCUCGCACAGUUCACAAAAGAAAUAGCAGAGCAGAUAAAUGCUCGACUCAUGGCAGAAAUUAUGACACUCUCCGCUCAAGUGAAAUCAAAUGAUGAAAUGUGUCAGAUGAGAUUGGAGUUAUUAGAGACUGCUCAUCGUAAGGAGAACGAGAAACAGAGAGGUGCUGAGCGUGGCAACGAGUUACCAAUUCAGAAUCACAUGACCACACUGCAGAGCUGGGAUCCAUCGUCAUUUAUUACUGAAGCCGUGGAGAGACCUAGAUUGACGUAUGUUCUACGUGCCUCGUACAAGAAUGUGGACGACAAUCUACUGAGAUCCUUCGUAGAGAGAUCGCAGCCGGCUACUAAUACAUUCCAUUUGCCGGUUGGAGAGAUGGCCAUCACACUCGACGAUGUGAGCACAUGA